AUCGACUUGGAGAGUAUAUUUACACUUAAUCCUGAUGUGGCUCCAGAAGAAGAGAUUGCCCCUAGUCCAGAGACUCCACCCCCUCCAAUGCCCUCUAGUGUGAAGGUCAACAAAAUUGCAAAGAACCGACGGACAAUAGCUCCUAGUAAAAAUGAAACUCCAUCCAAAGACAAUAGAGCUAUUCCAACCCGGGUCAGACCUCCACAGCCUCAGCAGCCAGAGCCUGCUCCACCCCCUCCAGUCCAGCAGCCUGCACCGCCCACUCAAAUCCAGACGCAACAGCAACUACAAAAUGCAAGGAGGAAGUCCAACUGUGUGAAGGAAGUGGAGAAAUUACAGGAGAAAAGAGAAAGACGCCGGCUUCAGCAGCAGGAGAUCAGAGAGAAGAGGGCUCAGGAGGUGGAUACUACCAUUCCAAACUAUGAGAUCAUGUACAUGAUUCGAGAUUUUCGAGCCAGUCUAGACUACCGGCCACUGACCACAGCAGACUUGAUCGAAGAGCACAGAAUAUGCGUUUGUGUCAGAAAACGUCCCCUCAACAAGAAAGAGUUGACCAUGAAGGAUCUGGAUGUGAUCACCAUUCCCAGUAAAGAUGUAGUGAUGGUUCAUGAACCCAAACAAAAAGUGGACCUCACCCGCUUCCUGGAGAACCAGACCUUCCGCUUUGACUACGCCUUUGAUGAAAGCACGACCAAUGAGAUGGUUUACAGGUUCACUGCCAGACCUCUAGUGGAGACCAUUUUUGAGCGAGGCAUGGCCACCUGCUUCGCCUACGGGCAAACGGGCAGCGGUAAAACACAUACUAUGGGUGGAGAUUUCUCUGGGAAGAACCAAGACUGCUCUAAAGGAAUUUAUGCAUUAGCAGCUCGGGAUGUGUUUCUCAUGUUGAAGAAACCCAACAACAAGAAGUUAGAGCUACAUGUGUACGCAACCUUUUUUGAAAUCUACAGUGGAAAGGUGUUUGACCUGCUGAAUCGUAAAGCUAAGCUGAGGGUUCUGGAGGACGGGAAACAGCAGGUUCAGGUUGUGGGUCUUCAGGAGAAAGAAGUCAAGUGCACAGAGGACGUCCUGAAACUAAUCGAAGUGGGAAACAGCUGCAGAACGUCAGGGCAGACCUCAGCCAACGCUCACUCGUCACGCAGCCACGCUGUAUUCCAGAUCAUUCUUCGAAGAAAGGGAAAGAUGCAUGGAAAAUUCUCUCUCAUCGACCUCGCAGGGAACGAGAGGGGGGCUGAUACGUCUAGUGCUGACCGGCAGACUCGUUUGGAGGGAGCAGAAAUAAACAAAAGCCUGCUGGCCCUCAAGGAAUGCAUCAGAGCUCUUGGUCGAAACAAACCCCACACUCCGUUCAGGGCCAGUAAGCUCACCCAGGUCCUGAGAGACUCCUUUAUCGGCGAAAAUUCACGCACUUGCAUGAUCGCCACAAUUUCUCCUGGCAUGACAUCCUGUGAGAACACACUCAACACGCUGCGCUAUGCCAACAGAGUGAAGGAGCUCACAGUGGACCCCAACCAGGUGAUGGAAGGAGGGCGACCCAACAUCCAUGCCGUCAACCAGCUGGGUAUUUUAGACGAGGAGUGGCUGAGUAUCUCACCUCAGAGAGACGACCUCAAACUGCUCUGUGAGCAAAAUGAAGAGGAGGUGUCUCCCCAGCUCUUCACCUUCCAUGAAGUAGUUUCUCAGCUAGUGGAGAUGGAGGAGCAGGUCCUGGAGGACCACAGAGCUGUUUUCCAGGAAUCCAUCCGGUGGCUGGAAGAUGAAAAGGUGCUGCUGGAGAUGACGGAGGAGGUGGACUAUGACGUGGAGUCUUAUGCCACACAGCUUGAGCAGAUCCUAGACCAGAAAAUCGAAAUCCUCACUGAGCUCCGAGACAAAGUGAAGUCAUUCCGCUCUGCACUUCAGGAGGAGGAGCAAGCCAGUAAGCAGAUCAAUCCCAAGAGGCCACGUGCGCUUUAAAGACUGAAGGCAAACUUUACCACUAGAUGUUUGGCACAACCUCAGCUGCCACUGGCAGCUAUGAAAACACAAUUAAAAGGACUGUGACGCACCAACAGGCUCAAUAAAUUGUUUUAGUUGUAACAACUCCUAACAGAACUGGCUCCAAACUGAUCUGGCAUGAUUUUUUGGG